AUGAAUGCUCAUCAAGUUAUAACCGGGGCUUUAAAUGAAGGCGAAAAUGUGUAUGCUAUAGGAAAUAUUGAAGGACUCACAUUCACGGUGUGUUUAUUUAUUUUUUCAAUUAAAAUUUUCAAUGAGAAUCAAUCAAUAAAUUCAGGCGUGCGCAGUUGGUUCAGAUGUAGUUAUUCUCGAUUCGGAUUUCAAUCGUGUUCAGAUCAUUCCAGAAAGUCAGCGACAUUUACUAGUCACAAGUAUAAAUUGUUGUCAGGAAACUGGAAAAGUGAGUUUUUUUAAAAAUGUUUCUGACAGAUAUAUUUAUUAUUAAUAUGUUCAGAUUGCUGUGACUUACGGCGAUGUUGUUCGUAUUUUGGAAGCGAUAAGUUCGGGUGUAGAUAAAUCAACGCUGAGAAGCGCAAUUUUUCAAUUCACAUGGGUCGAGACGCACAAUUUCAAGCUGAAAGGCAAUAUCAGUUCGGUGAUGUGGACAAUGGAAGGUAAGUUUUUUUUUAAUGCUAUGGAAUUUUGAAAAGUUGAGGCGAUCUUGGAGAAUGACAUUUUCAUUCAAUUUUAAGAUUAGCAACAAGAAAAUGUCAUACAUCUUGAAUAGAUUUUUAUGAAAAUGCUAAAAAUUAAAAUGAUAAUUGAAAAAAAUUCCGAAAUGAAAAAGUUUGGACAAACUGUGGCAUUUUUGAAACCUGAUAUGUUUGCACUGAAUGUGUUGUUCAAGAUGUCUCUUCAUUUUCAGAUGUGCAUAUUAAAUCAAUGAUUUGUGAUAUUCUAGAAUUCAUAGGUUCUGAAUUUAAAAAAAAAAGUUUUUCUAUUGUAAGUGGUUGAUGCUGAAACGGACCAUUCUAGAAAGAGAAAAAGUAUAGAAUGUUGUUCAAAAAGGACAGCCCUAAUUAAUCAUGAAAAGUUCUGUAGCCUGAUGUUCAUUUUAAUAUUGACAUUUUCUACAAUUAACAUUACUUUCUGAUUCAAAGACAUCCCAAGAAAAACUUCGAAAAUGAAAUUCUAAUAAAUUUUCACAGGAAUGCGAAUGUUGUUUGUGAUUGGCAAAGAAUUGAUGCUCUAUCAACACAGCAGCGUGAGUUGCAUGAAUCGUCCAGGUUCUAGUGCACCAGUUAUGUUCUGCAUCGCUGAAGAGGUCAAUCACUUUUUUCUCUUUUCUCUUUCCCCAACUCACGAACACAUCACGCUAUAAUCUGCUAACUCAAAUCAAAAAACAUAUCCACUUCUAUCCCAAUUCUUUCUAAAAUUUUGAUUCGAUAUUGUAGUGCUGUAGUUUCGUGAAUAUUUUUUAGAGUGAAUAUAAAAUUCAAUUGAAUUGUUUUAGGAUGUUCAAGAGACCCAAACCUGGGAGCUUAUUUGGAAUGUGGCUCUGCCGAGCAAACCAAAGUUCAUCAAAUAUUCACCCGAUGGAUCAUAUCUAGCAACAUCUGGUGCCAGUGAUUGUAUCAUCAAAUUAUUCUACCAAGACUUGACCGAUCCAAAUGAUAUUGUCUUCUCGUUUCUCACCUUAUCACAUCCAUCACCAGUUUGUGGAUUUGAAUGGCGAAAAACUGGUCGAUAUAUGCCGAAGAAAUGUAUUUUUGCCACACUGAUUUCAUGGUGUGAAGAUAAUACAUCAAGAAUUUGGAGAGAAGCACCUCCGCCAGAAAUGUCGAUUAUUGAUUUGACUGGUGAAGGUGGCGGAGAACCAUUGUGGGAUAAACAAAAGACGAAAAAGUUUCUUGGAAAACAUAUUCGUGUGAAAAAGACGAAAAAUCGGAUCAUCAACAAACUUCGCACAAUUUUGUAAGUUAUUUGGGAUUUCGUUGAGGAUGGUUUCUCGGAAAAUAUCAGGAGUCAAAAAGGCUUUUGGUUUUAUCCGUUAAGUAAAUGAAAAUAUAGAAACCUCAUCUCCAAUAUGAUUUUGAAAUGCGCAGCCCAUUUUCAGAACAAUUCAAAAUUAUUUUCAGACCUGAAAAGAAGCGAAAAACUGAAGAUAUUGCAAUUGGUCUCCGUGCACAAAUUGGAAAAAGUCCAUCGACCUCAGAUUUUCAACCUGCUCACCACGAAACCAACGAAAUUCAAUUUUAUCUUGCCGCCUCUGUGAAUGCUGAAAGUGAUUGUCUUCUGGUUCCCUCUAUGGAUAAUUCGAACAAAACCAAACCACUUUGUGUUCACUGGCUGAAUAACAAGGAGUUGGUUUUCAGUGUCGGUGCUGAAAAACUGUUAGCUGAAGCCGUUUUGAUGGAAUCAGAGAAUCAUCGAUUGGCACAAUCUUUGGAUGGUUCACCUGAAAAAGAAACGGCAGUUAAUCAAGCAAAUGGACAUGCAAAUGGAGUUGUUGAUCGACCUGAAAGUGCACAAGGAGGAAGUGUUUGUUCAGUGAGUUUGAAUGUUUACACUUUUUUGUUUAUCAAGUGAUGUUUUCUGAUCUUUUGGUUCUGUUCUUAUCAUUAUCAUUAAACAUUUUUAAACGAGGAAUGCUUGUUUAUUAGAAAAGAAAUCACGAAGGGAAUCUCAUUCCAUUUUUUAGGACGCACCAUCUUCGAAAGAUAUUCUUGAUGUGAAGCUGGAAAUUUUAUUACGUCAGUGGAGCAAAACUAACGAUGUGCUAUUCACAAUUCAUCCGGUCGAUGGAAGUUUAUUAACCUGGACAGUUGAAUGGUUGGAUGAUCAAUACAGACAACCAGUUGUUUCAUAUAGUUCAAGACUCCCGGGUGCACUUCCACACAGUGAUUCAGCAUCACUUCAUUCCACGUUGAACACUUUCAAUCCACAUGAACCAAUUUAUAUCGAUGUCUUGCGAAAUGAUCUUGAUGAAAAGGAGAGUGAAUUGAUCCAGGAGAAACUGUUGGAGAGAACUGUUUCGAACACAAUCCAUAUUUUGACAUCGCAUGAUAAUGGAACACUCAAUUUGUGGCAUAUGGCUGUCGAUGAGAAAAGUUGUUUCUCGCAAGUUUUGAACAUGACACAUAUUUCAAGAAUGUGUGGACAUCGAUUCAAAAUUCGACAAGUUAUUGCACAUCCUGUUCUUCCACUUUUGUUGACAACUUCAAGAUUCGAAUCACAGAAUCCAGCAAUGAAUCCAUCGGUAUGCUUCGGGUUUUUUUAGAACCAAAAGAAUGUUUUUCUUUCAGAUGGAUUUCUUAUCCGAAGUAAUUCUCUGGAAAAUCGCACCAGUUGGACCGUUGUGUAAAAGUGGAGGUGUGAAGGAAUUAGCCAGAGUUGCGAGUCCAUUGAGAGACGGAUUUUCGACACUUGGAUGGGUGCCAGCUAUAUUGCCAAGUUGUACAUUAGGAACUGUAUGUAACUCACCAUCGUCGUUGUUUAUUUCAAGCGAUGGUGAAAAAUUGAUCAUUUAUCAGGUGAGACUUUUCAGUCAGAAAAACAAUGAGUUUUUGUGAUUUAUAGGCAGUGGUUGAUGCUCGUGGAUUACUAGCUGAAUUGUCGAAUGCUGAUGCAGCUUUCAACAAAGGAUAUCUUGACGAUGAAGACAAGUAAGUAAAUUGGGAGCCUUCUUGGUGAAUUGUAGAACAGGACAGCUUAAAAAAUUAUGUUCCCGCCAAAUUCUAAUAAUCAACAAUUUCAGCGAUCGAAUGCUUCGAACACCAUCGCCAAGAGGAAUGUUUGCUCCAUCAUUCAUCAAAGACUUCAACGUUGUUUCGACACAAUCCACAGCUAAACCUGGAUGUGUUUUGGAAAUUGGGCAAAUUGAAGAUAGUAAUUUGGUGAGUUUUGAAUGAUUUUGCAGAAUUUUAGUUGAUGAAUUUCAGAAAGGAUUGAAUCUCUCAUUUCUUCAUAUUUUCCAAGCUCGAAUGGUUGUUCCGGAAGAAACACCAACAGAUGAUUCGGCGCCGUUGAGUUCAGUUAUUGAUCGAUAUAAAUCGCCCGCUUUCAGUGAUAAAUAUUUUAUCGUGAUGGUGGAUCAUUCGAAUAGUGAAGAUAUGUAAGUUUAGAUUUGAGAAAUGAAAAUUAAAAAAACACAGGGAAGAUUUAAAAUUUAUUUCAAUAAAAAUUUACAAACAAAUCAUGAGGACCACUCUGAAACCACUCGUUUUUUUCAGAUUGCUGAUGUACUCUUUGACUGUUUCAUCUCAACAACCACAACCAAUUCCAAACUUUGACACUGAAAUUCUACCGGAUGAAAAAGGAUUUCUCCGACCAUCGAGCCCGUUGGCACCGUCAAUGGCAAAGAUUAAAUUCGAAGCCACACUUGUUUGUCGACAAUCAUUUCCACUUCCAUCAGGAACAAGAAUCACAAAUAUCACUCCAGCUGCCGGACACUUGUCAUCAUCUUCACUUUAUCCAGCUUGUGAAACACCAUACGUUUUCAUCUCUUCAGAUACAGAUGAUUCAGUAAGAUUCUGGAGAUGUGUAAAGAAUUCAAAUGGAUCAGAAGGUGAUUCUUAUCAAUGGUCUGAAUGGAAUAUGAUCAGUGAUAACAAACCAAGUGAACUCGGAAUUGAAGGUAUGUGCGAUAAUUCAUUUCAGUUUCGAAUGUUUUGUUUUAUUCAUCCAUUUUUCAGGUGGAGUUUAUGGUGUUAGUGCUGCUCACAGUGGACGAAUUGCAUGUGCCUACGAGAGUCCAAGUUCUGGAACACAAUCAUCGAUUUCAUUAGAAGUUUCUGUAUUCGAAUGUGAAUCGUCUGGUGGAGUUGAAUGGCUUCGUGAAGAUUCGUUCACAAUUCGUCAAAACAAAAUCACAUAUCACCCAAAACCGUUAGUUUUUUUCUGAUGAAAAAAACAGAUCUUAAAUAAAAAAUGUUGCAGAGCCGUCGUCGAUAUGUCAUUAUACAAUCGUCGCCCGGAAGCCAAUUCAGAACUUGUGCAAUCGAUUCAACAACGUACGGAAAGCACUUUUGCUCGUUUACGAUCCAGUUUCCGUCGUGGUGUGCAGUUUAACAUGUUCAUUUUGUGUUUCUAACUGUCCUUUGUUCAUCCCCAGACUAAUCUUGCAUGUUUCACGUUUUCUCUUGAAAUUCAAUAUUUUAAGUUUUUGUAUGUUCAGGUCUCAACUCGAUUCCACCGAAAGGACCGUCACCCGAACUAUUACGAGCAAUGUCAUUAUCUCCAAACGGAUCAAGAACACCAUGUGAAAGUGCGUACUAAUUAGAAUUGAUAUCAUAAUUAAAUCAAUGUAGUAACCGGUGGUGGUGUGAGAAUGUUGUGAACAACUUCUUCAACAUUUUUUCAGAAACAAAUUUGGUAUUGAUUAAUUCAUUCAAUAUUUUUCAGCCAAAAUUGAUGAGAUGGUUCGACUUGACUGGGUUUCCACUGAAGAUGGUUCACAUAUGUUGACUGUUGGUUUAGGCUCCAAGAUCUAUAUUUACACUCAAGUAUCACAAGAUCCAGCUCAACAAAAUGUGUCAUUGAUGAAAGAAAGUGAAACGAGUUUGAGAAGACCGUCGUUGAGAAAAGCUUCAUCGCUUUUACCAAAUAUGCAACCACACAGUAGAUUGGUUAGUUAAUCAAUUUUACCAAUCAAAACUAGAGUCAUUUUUCCAGACUCGCUGGGUUUGCUGUCGAGUUUUGACACUGGAUUCAGCUGAUGGACUUCCACCAAUUCCAACAACUUUGAGCUGGGCUCGUGAUGGUAUUUUGGUGGUUGGAAUGCAAAGUGAGAUGCGAGUCUAUAAUCAGUGGAAUUUCUGUCCGGAAGAGCAGAAAGAAGUCGCAUCGACCGAAAUUCAGUGAGUUUUUUUGAUGAUUUGAUGUUUUGUGAGAAAUUUAACUUUAGAGACACAUUGCGAAAAUUUAGUCGUGCCUGGAUAAAAAUGUAAAGUUAUUUUGAAACAGCAUCCAAACUUCUCCUAACAAAUUAACAAAUUGUAUUGAAAUGUUAUACUUGAUCAAUUUUCACGGGACCCCACAUAAAUAUUUUCUAAAAUGUUUGCCGCAAUUUUAGAAAUCUUAAUCUGGCUAAAUCGCAAAACAGACCCCACUCCUAUUCAUGUCCCCUUAAAAAAAGACAAAAAAUCAAUUUCUAUCGUUUUAAUCUAUCGAUUCAAAUUUUAACAAGCAAAUCUACAAAAAUUAUUUUCUGGGUAUAAAUUUUUAUGAACUCAAACCCCAAUUUAAAAAUUUUCAGACGCCGCUCAACUAACCCACAAAUUGUCAGUUUGCCAGUUUCAACAUCUCAUUCAAUGCUUGAUCAAAUGACUAAAAAGAAAGAAGCAAUGGCAACCAGCAGAAGUCGAGUAUUUUUGGAUCUUGUCACAACAAUUUCACAUAAGUAAGUUUUAUUUUCUUUCCCUCUGUUUUCAGCCCAUAAACCAAUUUUAUUCUAGAACACAUCAUAAAGAAAACGAUUCUCAAAUAGUUGUUGAUAUGUUGCAAAGUGAAGGUGUCUUUGAGGCUGCUCAUUUAUGCUCUCCAAUUCUUCCACAAUAUCAUCCAAAACAAUUAAUUGUUUUGUUGAAUGCAGGAAAACAGAAACGUGUGAAAGCAAUUCUCCUUCAUGUUUUGAGCUCGUUGAAACAACGUCAAGUAACUGUGCACAAUCCAUUAUCAAGAGCUGCUUCAAUUCGAAGAAUGUCAACUGUUGAUGGAGAUGAUAUGAAUAAUAUCAAAACCGAUAUUAUUCCAAAAAAUCGAUGA